UCCGUCGCCUUUACCGGCAAUUGUGUAAGAAGCGCCACUUUCAUCACCGUUAUUGUCGUCUUCGUGCGCUUCACGGUCACAGUUCCAAAUGCAAACACCUUCAAAUUGACUCUCCUUUUCGCCAUUUUCAUUCCUUCUUCUUCUUCUUCUUCUUCUUCUUCUUCUUCUUCUCUCCGACCAUGGCGACGCCGGAGCUUUCUGAAACCUACGCCUGUGUCCCAUCUACCGAGCGAGGCCGAGGAAUUUUGAUCUCCGGACAUCCCAAAACUAACACCGUUCUCUACACCAAUGGCCGAUCCGUCAUGAUGCUCAAUCUCGAUAACCCACUCGAGGUCUCUGUCUAUGCCGAGCACGGUUAUCCGGCUACGGUUGCCAGGUACUCGCCGAAUGGCGAAUGGAUCGCGUCUGCUGAUGUGUCUGGGACUGUGAGGAUUUGGGGUACUCAUAGUGGCUUCGUGCUCAAGAAGGAGUUUAAGGUUUUGUCUGGGCGGAUCGAUGAUUUGCAAUGGUCUCCUGAUGGAAUGAGGAUUGUGGCUUGUGGGGAGGGGAAGGGGAAAUCGUUCGUGCGUGCUUUUAUGUGGGAUUCAGGUACAAAUGUUGGCGAGUUUGAUGGUCAUUCUAGGCGGGUUUUAAGUUGUGCAUUUAAACCAACAAGACCUUUUCGCAUUGCCACCUGUGGAGAGGAUUUCCUAGUGAAUUUUUAUGAAGGACCGCCAUUUAGAUUUAAGCUAUCUCUCAGGGACCAUUCAAAUUUUGUCAACUGUCUAAGGUUCUCUCCGGACGGCAGCAAGUUCAUUACUGUAGGCUCUGACAAGAAGGGAAUAGUAUAUGAUGCGAAGACUGGGGAUAAGAUGGGAGAACUCUCAUCCGAUGAUGGGCAUAAAGGCAGUAUUUAUGCUGUCAGCUGGAGUUCGGAUGGAAAACAGGUGCUGACUGUCUCUGCCGACAAGACAGCAAAAGUCUGGGGGAUAACUGACGAUGGUAAUGGGAAGUUAGAGAAAACCUUGACAUCUCCUGGCACGGGUGGAGUUGAUGAUAUGCUGGUUGGGUGUUUAUGGCAGAAUCAACAUCUUGUCACAGUUUCCCUUGGUGGGACUAUCAGUUUGUUUUCAGCUAGUGAUCUUGAUAAAUCCCCUGCCAUCUUAUCUGGACAUAUGAAAAAUGUCACUUCAUUAGUUGUUCUGAAAAGUGACCCCAAAGUUAUAUUAUCUACUAGCUACGAUGGGUUGAUUAUUAAAUGGAUUCAAGGUAUUGGAUACAGUGGCAAGUUGCAAAGAAGAGAAAAUUCUCAAAUAAAAUGUUUUGCAGCUCUUGAAGAUGAACUUGUUACAUCCGGUUUUGACAAUAAGGUAUGGAGAGUUUCUAUCAAGGAUGGUCAGUGUGGGGAGGCAGAAGCUAUUGAUGUUGGAAGUCAACCAAAGGACUUGACCCUCGCUGCUCUUUCUCCUGAACUUGCUUUAGUUUCAAUUGAUUCUGGAGUUGUCUUACUACGUGGCUCAAACAUAGUGUCAACCAUCAACCUUGGCUUUACCGUGACAGCAUCUGUACUUGCUCCUGAUGGAAGUGAGGCUAUUAUAGGUGGACAAGAUGGUAAAUUACAUAUUUAUUCCAUCAAUGGCGACUCGCUCACCGAAGAAGCAACUCUUGAGAAACACAGAGGAGCUAUUAGUGUGAUACGCUACUCCCCAGAUCUUUCGAUGUUUGCAUCAGGAGAUCUCAACCGAGAAGCUAUUGUCUGGGAUCGUGCAUCCAGAGAGGUUAAACUUAAGAAUAUGUUGUAUCACACUGCUCGGAUAAAUUGUCUCGCUUGGUCUCCUGAUAACACCAAGGUUGCAACUGGUUCAUUAGAUACAUGUGUUAUCAUAUAUGAAAUUGACAAGCCAGCAUCCAACCGUCUAACAGUAAAGGGAGCUCAUUUGGGUGGAGUGUACGGACUGGCCUUCACGAAUGACUAUAGUGUGGUGAGCUCUGGUGAGGAUGCUUGUGUUCGUGUUUGGAAGUUGAUUCCUCAGUGAUAUCAACUGGAUAAAGGGAGAAUUUGAAUGUCAGAAGUUUGAUGUUCAGGUGAAUAUUUUGAAUGGCUGGGUUUUAUUUUUGUGAGCUUAAAUCUCAUUUAGUGGACUAGAAUGUUGAGUUUUAAGAGUCUGCUUCUCUUCUUUUGGUUAUUGAGACACCAUGCUGUUUUGAUAGAAUGGUGUGAUGCUUUGAGCUUCGUUGCAGCUUGGAAUUGGUUUUGCUUUCUCGUUGUUGGUGUUCAAAGUUGAUUUUUUGUACAGUUCAAUGAUGAAUGAUUAUGAAGUAUGAUGGAUAAUUUAUUGGAAAGGUCUAUUCCUGAAGAAUUUGAAUGAGCCACUGGUGAUUGAUAGAA